AUGGAAAAUCAAAGUUACCGGUUGGUUCUAAUACCACCUCCAUUUCAGGGUCACAUAACACCAAUGCUUCAGCUAGCCACCAUCCUUCAUUCAAAAGGGUUCUCUAUCACCGUGGUACUAGUCCACUUCAAUUCCCCUGAUCCUUCUAAUUACCCUAACUUCAGUUUUCUACCUUUAUUCGAUGGUUUAUCUGAUAUUCACAUCUCCUCCACAAAUUUUAUAGAUAUUACUUCAACCCUAAAUACCAAGUGUAUACCUCAUCUUAAGGAAUUAUUAGUUGAUCAGAUGAAGAAAGCAAAUGCAAAACAUGAAAAGAUUGCCUGCAUCAUUUAUGAUGGAUUAUUGUACUGUAUCGAUUCUGUGGCCCGAGAACUAAAGCUUCCCAGCAUAGUCUUCAGAACCACCAGUGCUACUAACUUACUCACUUAUCAUGCAUUUGCUCAGCUACAAAGCAACGGUUACCUUCCCGUGCAAGAUUCUAGGUCGUGUGACUUGGUGCCAGGACUUGAUCCACUGCGAUUCAAAGAUCUACCCAUUUUUAAUUCAACAAAUCCAGAUGUUUUUCUUCAGCAAUCGGCAAAAACAAUUGCUGUAACACCUUUAGGUGUUAUUUGCAACACUGUGGAUUGCCUUGAAGAGUCAUCCCUGGAUCAGCUCCGACAGCUAUACAAAGUCAGUCUCUUCCCCAUAGGCCCCUUACACUUGAUUGCUAAAGAUUCCUUGAUCAGUAAUAGCUUUAUGCGAGAAAAUUAUAGCUGCAUAGAUUGGCUCAACGACCAAGCAAGAAAAUCUGUGCUGUAUAUCAGUUUGGGAAGCAUUGCUAGCUGGGACGAGAAAGAGCUAACUGAAGUAGCUUGGGGCUUGGCCAAUAGCUGGCAGAAUUUCCUUUGGGUUAUUCGACCAGGGACCAUUAAUGAUGUUUCUGAGUGGCUAGAAUCAUUGCCUGAAGAUGUCAAAGUAGCAGUAGCAAAAAGGGGUUGCAUUGUGGAAUGGGCACCCCAAGAUGAGGUUUUGGCACACCAGGCUGUGGGAGGGUUUUGGAGCCACUGUGGUUGGAAUUCUACCUUGGAGAGUUUGUGCGAAGGAGUACCAAUUCUUUGCCAACCUUAUUUUGGAGAUCAGAGGGUAAAUGCCAGGUUGUUGAGUCAUGUAUGGAGGGUAGGUCUAGAAUGGUCCAAUAUCAUAGAAAGGAAUGAGAUAGAAGGGGCAGUAAGAAGACUGAUGGUGAAUCCAGAAGGGAAGGAAAUGGGGCAGAGAGCAGUAGAAUUGAAGGAUGAGAUUAGGCUAGCCGUGAGAGGUGCUUCUUCCUACGAUGCCUUAAAUGGGUUGGUGAAGAGCAUCAUAUCAGUGAAUCUCUGA